CACACUCUUAUCCGGAAACCAUGUCUCUCCUUCAUCUUCAACUCCCUCUUUCUCAAUUCAAAUCCCUCUCUCUCUCCACCCCUUUCCUCCAUGGCACCUCCUCCGCCAUCCUCACCAAACCCUCCACCGCCAACCACCAUCGCCACCGCCACACUUAUCUUCCCCCAAUUCGCGCCAUGAGAUCGCUCCAAGGCCGUGUUAUCUGCACCACCAACGAUAAGACGGUGAAUGUUGAAGUUACACGUCUGGCACCUCACCCAAAAUAUAAGCGUAGAGUGAGGAAGAAGAAGAAGUUUCAAGCUCAUGACCCUGAAAACCAGUUCCAAAUUGGAGAUCUGGUUCAGCUUGAAAAAUGUAAACCUAUCAGUAAGAAGAAGACGUUUCUGGCUAUUCCGGUUCCCAAGAGGACUGCAGCCAAGCCGAAGGAGUCACAGGAUCUUGGACUCUCGUUGGAAUCGGAUUCUGCUUCGCCAGUUUAGAUAUGAAGGUUUGUUUGUUUGUUUUUGUCGUUGUUGAUCGUCAUCAUGCUUACAAUUCGACUACUGGGAAUUGAGUUUCUGAGAUUUGUUACGAGGGUUUGUGUUAUUUUGUUUAGUUGUGUGAAUUCACAAUGUGUGAUCAAAUGAAACACUUUGCAAGAUUACAAGUCAAUAAAUUAUUAGUUGGUAAUA